GAUGGUAGGAAACACCUCAUGAGGAUGAUUCAGGACUUGCCUGAGUCAUCUUUUGAACUGUCAUUGAAAGAUAUUGUUGACAAUCAACAAAGCACAGAAGAGGGCCAACAUGCUGAAACAUUAGAAAGGAGAAAUCCAAAAGUUAGAAUGCCACAACAGAGCAAAACUUUGAAGAGGAGUCAAAUAUCAAGAAGUGAAAGCAUGGAUAGUGGGGUUUUCUUAUUAAAAAUGUUCCUCCCUUCUUCUAUAGGUAGCAAGAAGAAACUAAAGCCAAGGAACUGCUCAAAAGUUUCUCCAAAAACACCUGUCGACGAAUCGGAGAAAUCCAUGAAUAGGGACUGGUGGAGGAUUAUAUAUGUAGUUAUAAAAGAGAAUAAGUAUAGUAGAAGCAUCAAGAAAAGCAUGAGUUACAAUAGCAGCAGCAAAAGCAGGUUGGUUGAAAACAACUGCACACAGAGGAAACAAAGAGGGUGUUUCUUUUAGUUUAGUAGUAGAAAUGAACAAAUAGAAGAAUAGAGCAAAUAGAAAACAGGAUUUAGAAAAAUAAAGGUGCAAAUAAGUGAGGUUUCUGCAUGUAAUACUCGAGCACAAGUUUUAUUUUUGUCACAGAUGUCCUGUAAAUUAUUUGCUGUCAUAGUUAUGGUGCACUUUUCAGUGCAGCAAUUGGAUUUCACAAGCAGGAACAUCUUUCUAUACAUA